AUAUCACACCGGAACUGAUACCAGUCAGAAUAAGAAAGAAACUUUAUUAAAGUAGAAUGGGAAAAAAAUGAUCUUAUUUUACUGCAAAUCUUGAUAAUGAGUAUUUUGUAAAUUGAUCCUCCUGUGACAAGUUCACCUGUUCAUGUUCUAUGCAAAAUGUGCUGUAGUUUGCAAUGCAAUUAAAUGUUUCAUUUUUUGCAAGAGAUAUUAGAAUUUUUCCCAGAAACUGAAAUCUUAAUUAUGACAGUUUUAAAGAGAUUCAUUUGAAGUCAUGUUUAGAUCAGAGGUGCUUUGAAGUUUAAAAUGACAGCAUUUGGUUGAUUAAAACAUGGAGCUAAAACUCUGCAUGAAUGGAAAUUUUGUAAAGACUAGAAGUUUGUUUUUAACAUUGAACAUUUUGUCUCACUGCUUUAUGUGCAGACAGCGGUUACGCAUUAUAUACCCGAGCAAUGUAUAUCCCACCCCUUGAACCCACUUCUGCGCCUACCUGCCCAAAUUCUUUCAUAUUUACACACGCUGACAUACUCUCGUACUGGUACUGGAACUGAUAGUUAAAUACAAAAAGCUGACAUCUCUGGGACGUUCGUGUGCUUAAUCAUCGGAAGCUACCAAACGCCAAUACGCUAUGAAGUAUUAUAUACUUUGAAGGAAAAGUUGUUUUUGGUGUGGUAAGACUAGGGAGGGUAAGACAAGGAGGAGAUAUAGCGGACAGAAAUGUGUCAACAAAACCUCAGUGAUGAAGUUUGAGAAAGUGGCUAAACGACAAAAGCGUUUUCGUCCUGGCAAGUUUUUGUUUGGAUCUUUUUUAAUGGCGGUGGUCCUCUUCAUACAUGUUUUGCCAAGGGGACAUUCUUUCUUCGACUAUCGAGACGAGAGCAAUUACAUCGAUGAUUUUACAAUGAGGUAUAUGAGAAAUAUAGUGCUGAUACAAGAUAUUGAAAAUAACUGGUUGGUAAGAGCCUCUUCAAACCAUACUUCUACCAUAGAUACCACAGUGAUUGACUACUCGGAGGUCGGUCAAGCACAAGUCGUUAAUACAAUUCUAGGAGGAAAAACGAAUGGUUUCUUUGUUGAGUGCGGGGGAUACAACGGACUGACAUCAUCAAACACGUAUUAUUUAGAAAAAGAGAAAAACUGGACGGGCUUGCUAAUUGAAGCUGUACCACAUUUCUAUAAACAAUUAUGCAAGAACAGACCAAAUACUCAUCGUAUAAAUGCUUGCCUCAGCACCAACAAUAAAGCCGAAAAAGCGUUUUUUAAAAAUUCAAUGGAUAUUGAAGGAAUCGGUGGUCUGGCCGAACACAUGAGCGGAGUUCAACUGAGAUAUCGGGGCGGGGCACGAAAAAAUGCGCCCACCAUUGAAGUACAGUGCUUUCCUUUCUAUUCCAUUAUGCUUACACUCGGGAUUACUGAUAUAGAUUAUUUUUCACUUGAUGUUGAAGGAGCAGAACUCCCGGUUUUGCGGACUAUUCCCUUUGAUAAAAUAAAUGUUAAAGUUUUCACCAUUGAAUAUCGCCUCUCAGACGGAGUUCACCUGUCACUUGAAGAAACACAGAAAAAACUUGAUAGUCUGCGACAUUUUCUUAUCCCAAAGGGCUAUAGAGAGUACGGUGUCUUGACUAAGCGUGGAGAUUUAAAAAACUACGAUCACCUACCUCUUCACCUACAGGGUUUGGAUGUUGUAUUUUAUAAAUUAUAACACUUAACAGUCGAGGGGAUCAACAAUGAUCUUUGGAAGGGAUAUUCUGGAAAAAAAGAAAUUGAGUAGAAAUGAAAAAAGUAACGGGAUUUACGUAGGCCUUCAUUAUACGCAAUUAUUUUUAUAUAAUGUCUGCUGUAAGUCUGUUUCAUGUAGUCACUUUCACCGCUAAGAAUGGGCGUGCCGCUCUUUAUUUAAGCUUUGUCAACACAGUAUAUUACGCACGUAUCACGGCCUAAGUUUCAUCUCAAUAAUAAGCCUAAAUAUAAACGUUGAAAGAGCCACAGUUAUAGUCGGACUUCUAGAGUCAAAUCUCAUGCAUAGUAUCCAGAUUUUCACUGCCUCUGUGUAAAUGCUAGUUAUUCAUGUGCCUCGUUUGAAUGACCAAUUCCUUUUUUUUUCUUGUAUAACUACGAGCGGUAUGUGAGUCCAAUGACAAAAAAUGAAUUUUUAUGUUACAUACUG